AUGGACAACUCGGAGGUUCUACUGGACAUUAGGGAAAAAACAGAUGACGAGAAAGCAGAAGAGUUUCACCUACUGAAGGAGGAUGGCAAAGAACUGUCAGAUUGUUGUCUCAGCGAAUCUUUUACAACCACAACAUGCACACUGGGUGUCGACCUGCGCAGGGGUCGGAGGCGAUUGUCUGGGAACUUGCAGCUGCCGCCGUUGUCGUGGCGUCAGGGGGAAAGGGCUCGGACACCUGACGAUGAGGUCAUGUCACGACCAACAUCGUUACCUUUUGGGGCCCCUCCCAGGAUAGACAUCACGCCGGUUGACCCUGAAUGCUUUGAUGUGGAAAAUGGCCCCUCCGCCAGCUGCAGUCCGCUGGACCCUCAAGCCUCCCCUGGCUCUGGGCUUGUCCUUCACACCAACUUCCCGGGUCACAACCAGCGCAGGGAGUCCUUUUUGUAUCGUUCUGACAGCGACUAUGAUCUUUCGCCCAAGUCCAUGUCGCGUAACUCCUCCAUUGCCUCUGAGUUACACGGCGACGACCUGAUCGUGACGCCUUUUGCUCAGGUCCUGGCAAGCCUUCGAAGUGUAAGGAACAACUUUACCGUCUUGACCAAUGUCCAGUGUGCCUCCAGCAAGAGGUCUCCUGCAACCACAAAUCAGCCUGCAGUCACCAAAGUGUGCCUCCCAGAUGAGGCGUACCAGAAGCUUGCCAUGGAGACCACGGAGGAGCUGGACUGGUGUCUGGACCAGCUGGAGACAAUCCAGACCUAUCGCUCUGUCAGUGACAUGGCUUCCACUAAGUUUAAGAGAAUGUUGAAUCGGGAGUUGACGCACCUAUCUGAGAUGAGUCGCUCUGGGAAUCAGGUGUCUGAAUUCAUCUCUAACACUUUCCUAGACAAACAGAAUGAGGUGGAGAUACCAUCACCGACAACCAAGACUCGGGAGAAGAAGAAGCAGCACAAACAACAGCUGAUGACACAGAUCAGCGGUGUCAAGAAGAUUUCCCAUGGAUCUUCGCUGUCAAGCAGUAGCAUCUCGCGAUUUGGUGUCAAGACGGAUAAAGAGGAGUUGCUGUCCAAGGAGCUGGAAGACCUAAACAAGUGGGGUCUUAAUAUUUUCACAGUUUCUGAGUACUCAAACAGCCGACCUCUCACCUGCAUCAUGUACGCCAUAUUUCAGGAGCGAGAUCUAUUAAAGACAUUUAAGAUCCCAGUGGACACAUUUGUGGCCUAUAUGAUGACACUGGAAGAUCACUACCAUUCCGAUGUGGCCUACCAUAACAGUCUCCAUGCAGCUGACGUAGCCCAGUCCACGCACAUCCUCCUCUCUACGCCAGCACUUGAUGCUGUCUUCACUGACCUUGAAAUCCUCGCUGCUAUCUUUGCCGCUGCCAUCCACGAUGUUGACCAUCCUGGUGUAUCAAACCAAUUCCUUAUCAAUACAAACUCUGAGCUAGCGCUGAUGUACAAUGACGAGUCGGUGCUGGAAAAUCAUCACUUAGCCGUGGGAUUCAAACUCCUGCAGGAAGACGGCUGCGACAUCUUCCAAAACCUUACAAAGAAGCAGCGACAGUCCCUACGUAAGAUGGUCAUUGACAUGGUUUUAGCUACUGACAUGUCCAAACACAUGAGUCUGUUGGCCGACCUAAAAACAAUGGUGGAAACCAAGAAGGUGACUAGCUCGGGUGUGUUGUUGCUGGACAAUUACACAGACAGAAUACAGGUGCUGCGGAACAUGGUGCACUGUGCUGACCUGAGCAACCCCACCAAGUCCCUUGAGUUGUAUCGUCAGUGGACUGAUCGGAUAAUGGAGGAAUUUUUCCACCAAGGAGACCGGGAGAGGGAACGAGGGAUGGAGAUCAGCCCGAUGUGUGAUAAACACACAGCUUCAGUGGAAAAGAGCCAGGUGGGUUUCAUUGACUACAUUGUCCAUCCUCUGUGGGAAACCUGGGCCGAUCUUGUCCACCCUGAUGCGCAAGAUAUUCUGGACACACUGGAAGACAACAGGAACUGGUACCAGAGCAUGAUCCCCCAAAGCCCUUCCCCACCCUUCUAUGACCAGGGUACUCAUGGACAUGGGGGAGGCACAGGACAGGGAGGGGGAGAGAAAUUUCAAUUUGAGCUGACCCUGGAGGAGGAGGACUUGGAUGGAAUAGAGAAGGAUGGCGACGACGAGGAAGAAGAAGAGGAGGACAGCCUUGGAAAUUCUCGUUCUCCUCCUUUGGACUAUGAAGAGCAUGACGAGGGCGACAUGACGGAGCCCACAUCGACGAUAGAGAUCGUGACGCAUGAGGCCUCGCCGACAGACACAUAG